GUUUUCGCGCUUCAAUGAGUCGCGGAGGAAAAAACCGAGAGGCCGGCCAGAAGAAGCACUCGAUCGGUCGGAACGGCUCGGAAUAAUUCAAUUACCGAAAGCCCGGUGGCGGGGGGGACGGUGGACCCUUCGGGCCGACCAUACAUGGUCGUCGUCUGCCCACAAAGCCGAGGAAGAAGCGGCGGCGUGUCGUCGUGAUCGCGUGGGAGGUCGAGGCACCGCGCGCGCCGCGCUUUUUACGCGCGAAACCCAAGCGGAGAGGCAGAUUCGUGCGCUCACUCCGGAACCCACACGCGGGCACAGCGGCCGUUUAAGCCGCGUACCUUAUCCGCGUCCCGAUAAAAAUGCACCACUGACGCGACCAGCGGGUUUCUUUCGAGAGCUACGCGACUAAGCGCCGAUCUCUUCCCUCGAUGCAUCGCGAGAACGCGUGCCGAGCCGAAGGCGGCCGACAGAUCGAUCCGGAUGAGAUCACCCGAGAGAUGAGAGGAACCUGAUUCAGAGCAAGUUCGUGCCGCCAAGUAGGCAGCAACUCGAAUAAUUACCUGCAACUAGUUCGUUAGCAAACCGUGGCUAAAUCUCCACGCAAAUCACGUCGCCGCGGGCGAAUGAAAUCGAAGAGUUUGUUCGACGAAACGCGGAGAGGAUAUUGCGAUUGAAACAAAAAGAAGAGAGGGAAGAAGGACGAAGGCUGAAACGGGGCCACGCGAGCGAAUCUACGAGCCGCUCGAGGGGACCGCGUGCGCAUCGUAUCGCGUGACAAAAGAGUCGCAUGCGGAAUAAGGUGAAAAGUGCGUAAAACGCAGCAGCGUCGACCCGCCGUGUCAACGUCCGAGAUGCGCUCGUGGCUGAGGCGCAUUAUCGGCGAGGCUCGCCUGCGGAAAAGUUGCGUGUGAUAAAAGGAACACUGGCCGAGGCAUGUCGUCGCCGUUGCGCCGCUGAACAAACGCGCGCGACGAAUGAGGACUCUCGCAACGGGUAAAAAUAAUAAUAGAGGAAACGAGCAGCAUGCCGGUCGCUGGAACGAGGAGAUUAUGUAGAGUGGGACUCGCGGCGGUCCUGGUCACCGCACUGUGCAUUCUAACUCUGCUGGACUCGCCGCCAGCCCGACUCCCGGAUCCACCGACCGAUCCUCCUCCCACGCCUGGGGGCGAACCGCCGGGCACUAGAAGCAUCGUCGCUUAUUCGUGGGCCCGAAGAUUGGCACUCGAUUACAGGCCCACCAAGCAGUGCGACGGUAAUGGAACGCGCGGAAUGGCGUUAAACGCAUAUGAGCUGCCCGGCACGAAAUGGCUCGAGACAAUCCCGGGACAGCUCUUCCUGUAUAGCGCCCACCUGGACCUCAGAAUCGCCGGCUACCCGAGCAUCAGAGUGAUUGGCGUUAAACGAGGAGCCCUACCACCCUCCGCGCUCUUCUGCACUAUAUGGUUCCGGGAGCACGGGAGGGUGCGAUCGUUGAGCGUGGAAGCGCUCAUCUCGACGAUCUGGCUGGACGAAUGGGGCGACACGGCGGACAGUUACACCGGAAUCCUUGUAAAUUGUCAAUUGCCGUUGGACGGCUCGGUACGCCGUGCCUCUCGGGUUUACGUGGGCCCGAGUCCCUGCUACGAGAAUGCUAGUCAUAGUUUAAUGACCCGCUCGGAAUUCGGCGACGAGACUUUUGCCGACCGGAAGAGGCGCCAGUUCACGCUGUGCAUUAAAGGACUGGACUUCGAUGAGGAUAUAUCGCACAAGUUAAUAGCCUUCGUCGAGCUACACCGUAUCCUGGGCGCCAAGCUGUUCCACUUCUACGUGUUCAAUGUCCACGAGAACGUACUCAAGGUGCUGCGCUUAUACGAGCGAUCGAACGUGGUGCGAUGGUUCACGCUUGAUCUGCCGGGUGAUUUGCCGAACGAGAAGGCGGCCCGAAGGCGAUUCUUCAGCGAGGACAUUUGGACGAAGAGGCGAAUGGAGCUGAUCCCGUACAACCACUGCUUCUACGAAAAUCUUCACCGAUCAGAGUUCGUGGUGCCAAUCGACAUCGACGAGGCGAUCGUGCCGACGCGCCGGAAGACCUGGCACGAAUUGCUGCUGGACGAGCGGGCGAAGCUCGGCAGAAGCUUCAAGGAUUUUGCCUCGUAUUCCGUACGGAACGCCUAUUUCUUCCCUGAGCUGCAAAACAAGAGUCGGACCGAUCGGUUGACCGGGCUCGACGAGGAGCUCCGUCGCUCGGCUGAGUAUACGGACUAUCUGGAUACCAUGAGAACGGCCAGUAUUUCGCCCGAGGGCGACUCGGUGAAAAGUUUUGUUUCCACGAGGCGCGCAUUAACGGUGCACAAUCACUAUGCCCUGACCACGUUGAACCCGUCCACCAGACGGGCUCAUCAUCUGGACUCAAACGACGUGCUCAAGCACCAUCACCGGGCUUGCGACAGCCAGCAUCUCGAUUGCGAUCUCCUAAUGGAGGACGUUAGGAUCGACGAAUCCGCUUUGCGCUACGCGGAUGAGCUCGAGACGAGGAUGAAGAUCGCCUUGGCCGAUCUCGACGCCUUGCCAUAGUCUAUAGUGAUGUUGUAAAUAAUAACAAUCCCUCUCGAAAGCUUCGUUUUAUUGUCUAUCAACCAGUCCUUCCGACCCCUGUAAGACCUUGACGUCUAUGAUUUCAAAUAGUCAAAAUAUUAAAGGAGGAAUCAAUGACUUUUUAAUUAAUGAUUUUUUAAAGGCUCGUAUGAGCGUCCAAAAGUAAAUCGUUUAUCGAUGUGUCGUCGUUUAAGGGGAUGCUGAAGUGAUU